GCCCGCGAUGACGUAAUGGCGGGCGGGGCUGGGGGCGGUGCCGCGGAGACUGCGGCACCGCGAGGGGGAGCUGGGGCGCGGUGCGAGGUGCGGGGGCGCUCAGGCCCGGCUCCGCGCCUGUUGGCUCGCGAGAGGGCUCCCGGCCCUGGCGUCCGGCCGCCAAGGGUGGUGUCGGGGCCUCCGGCCCAGCCCGCCGCGGUCGGCUCGAGGCACCGACGCGGCCCCACCCUUGCACUGGCACCUUCAGUAACACCGCAUCCCACCUACUCUUCCACUCUGGACACCCGACAGGGGCUGGAACGCGGGUGGGAGGGUCCUCGCCUCCUGGUGGAAGCUCGGAAACAGAGGCUCAAAGAGCUGACUAGCUACAAAGCUAGUAAGUGAAGGCAUCUGGAUUCCUUCUACAAAGACAAAGCCCAGUUCCCAUUUCUUGGGCUGUUCAUGAGCAGAUGGAGCCUUCCAGUUCCCUUCCAGAGAAUGGCCCUGCUCCGGGUAACUUCACGGAUAACACAGUGCCAAUAAAGAUUUUCUGGAGGUAAUUGCUUCUU